AUGUCGACCACUAUUGAAAAGAUCAAGGAGAUUGAGUCCGAGAUGGCUCGGACUCAGAAGAACAAGAACACCUCCUUCCACUUGGGACAACUGAAGGCGAAGCUUGCGAAGCUCAAGCGAGAGCUUCUGACCCCAACUGGCGGUGGUGGCGGAGGCGGCGGUGCCGGCUUCGACGUUGCGCGUACGGGUGUUGCGAGUGUUGGAUUCAUCGGUUUUCCAUCCGUUGGCAAGAGUACAUUGAUGAGUCGAUUGACCGGACAACAUUCGGAAGCUGCGGCCUACGAGUUCACGACCCUCACGACGGUGCCCGGACAAGUGAUGUACAACGGCGCCAAGAUCCAGAUUCUCGACCUUCCGGGUAUUAUCCAGGGUGCCAAAGAUGGCAAGGGUCGUGGUCGCCAGGUCAUUGCAGUGGCCAAGACUUGUAACCUCAUUUUUAUCGUCCUGGAUGUGAACAAGCCCUUGGUGGACAAGCGAGUCAUUGAGACUGAGUUGGAGGGCUUCGGAAUCCGGAUCAACAAGCAGCCCCCCAACAUCCUGUUCAAGAAGAAGGACAAGGGUGGCAUUGCAAUCACCAGCACUGUCCCUUUGACUCAUAUCACACCAGAGGAAGUCAAAGCUGUGAUGAACGAAUACAAGAUCUCAUCUUGCGACAUUUCCAUCCGAUGCGACGCAACCAUCGACGACCUCAUUGAUGUUCUCGAGGCCAAGAGUCGCAGUUAUAUCCCUGUCAUUUAUGCGCUGAACAAGAUCGACGCCAUCUCCAUCGAGGAGCUGGAUCUUCUGUACCGGAUUCCCAACGCGUGCCCGAUCAGUUCUGAGCAUGGGUGGAAUAUUGACGAGCUGUUGGAGAUGAUGUGGGAGAAGCUCAACCUGCGCAGAAUCUACACGAAGCCCAAGGGGAAAGCACCCGACUACACAGCACCGGUUGUGCUUCGUUCCUACGCAUGCACCGUCGAGGACUUUUGUAACUCCAUCCACCGAACGAUCAAGGACCAAUUCAAGCAAGCCAUUGUCUAUGGCCGCUCCGUCAAGCACCAACCGCAGCGAGUCGGUCUUUCGCACGAGCUUGCGGAUGAGGAUAUUGUAUCGAUUGUCAAGCGAUAA